AUGUUUUCAAAGAAGUUUUGUCUACUAGCAAAGGGUCAAUAUACUCUUCUCCGUACUCCAAACAUAAUGAUCCCUCUCUUUCCCUUUGAAAUAUUGACCAAGAUUGGAAGACUUCUCUCAAAGCAAGACCAAGCAGAAUGUACACAUGUCUGCAGAGCAUGGAAAAUCCCCUUCCAAGAAUCCAUGUGGAAUACAAUCGAAAUACUAAGUGACGCAAAGUUGGAUCAGAUAUGCAGCUCGACAACCAACGGAAUGCCUUAUCAUAAGAAUGGCCAUCUUGUCCGAACCUUGUUUCUGGAAAAAUGGCUCAAGGCAGAAGAUCGUCAACUCUUUACGGUCCAAAAGCGUUUCCAAAAGAUAAAUCGCCUUUACAUCCGAGAAAAAAGCGUCAUAAACAGAGACUUUAACAAUAUGGCAGACUGGAGUCGGUGGAAGUCAUUGACGCACAUGGAAAUAUGCAUUUCCGGACUGUACUUGGAAAAUGAAUCGAGAGAUUUUCUCAAGAUCCUCGAAUGUCUGCCGAAUCUUAGAUGGCUAGAGUGUCCUCAAAGAUAUGGUUACGCGUGGCCCUAUACGUUAGAAGAGUUUGACACGAUCCAUUCUUGUAUACCAAAAAUUGAAUACCUCUCAUUAGUCCUUGAUCUUGCACCAAUUACCGAAAAACACAAGACAAUCAUUGCAGAAACACAACCCACGAGCUACCUGAAAGUAAUAAAACUUCGGAUGAACAAGGUAGACCUUCGAUGGCUGCGUUAUUUUGCUCACAAAUAUCCAAAUGCACACACUAUCGAGUGGCAUUCAGAUAUUCGGUCGGAUACAAGCAACGCAUUUCGAGAAGAGGCAAUCUCGAUGUUUUCUACACUCUCCUGCGCGUUUCAGCAUUUGGAGAAUAUUCUGAUAGACGGAACAUCUGGACGAGAGUGGUGGUAUAUCACAUUUUUGGAUCUCUUAUGCCAUUUUAAAACCACGAAAGCAAAACGCAUUGAAUAUCGUAUGCGCUAUGGACACAGCAACUUAGACCUCGAGAAAAGAAUCAUACAUCAAUGCGCACAAACUUGUCCCACAGUCAUGUCACUUAAUUUUAUUUCAAGUGAUCUCGAUUUACCUGAUCCAACUAUGAUCCCAGUAACAAUCGAUUUCUGCCCUAGUAUUCUAGACUUGCGUAUAGAUGCCCUCUCUCUUCCUAUUGCAGUUGACAUUCUCUUGGACAAAUGCCCGUCUUUGAAAAGGCUAAGAUUAGCUGUAAAAUCUCUCAGUAUUAGCAAAGAAGCUACUGGAACUCAUGGAUUGCGGCUGAUAGAAUUUGUGGGAUCAAAGAUAUGUACCAAUGUAUUUUCAUACCUGUCUUUUCGUUGCAGAUGUCUAAACUAUCUGCGGCUGACAAAAAUGGAGGUAGUUGGACCAAUGUUUCAGGGAGGAUGUGUGUGUCUUGACAUGUCCUAUACACAUCUAGAGUAUCUGCAGCUUACUUGCGUGACCGUUUCGGCAUCAGAUGGCGACGAUUUCAAUGUUUCUACUGUGAUUAAUCUGAUUGCUCUCGAUCAGCUUAAUAGGGUUCCACAACAGGAUAGUGUCAUAAAGGCAGCAUUAGCUACUAAAGAUAUUUAUCCCGUCUUUUCCAAACUGCUCCCAUGGGCUCACAUGUAUUGUAUCUGGGACGGAGGUUAUGAGAUGAUUAAAUUGAGAAAAUUGGUAUCCGAGGAAGCUGCAUAUGUCCAAAGCUACUACCAGUCGUUCGAACAAAACAAGGAAACCUAUGGUAGCGCUCAUUCAUUUAAAAGACGGCGGUCUUAUCUUGGCCAGUUGGACCAAGAGCAUUGGAAAGAAGAUCUUGACCGAGGAUUUGUUUUAUUUCGAUGUGGAUCCGUGAGAAAUUAUUUUAUUGAUACUCUUGGGUACUACGAUGAUGAAUUUUGGGAGAAGCUUCAAACCAAGUUUAUGUAA